AUGGGACCAGAUCGUCACCCGACAAUCACUCAAUCACUUCAUCACUCGCCAUUACCUGCUGAGCAGUCUGCCAACUGGCACGAGUCACAUAUAAAACCCACAACAAUCACUACCAUCCCCAACAACAACAACAAAAUGCUCUCCCUCGCCACCUCCCCCAAACUCCGCGGCUCAGGCCACCUAAUCCUCCACGCCCUCCGCGCCAUGACCCUCGUCGCCCUGGUCGUGAUCAUGGCCUCGUGCUGGGCAAUGAUCGUCCUGUCCGGCAUAACCGGCCACUUUCAAUUCUUCGACGUAAUCUCCCACUUCUUCGUCUUCGCCAUCAGCAUCGUCCUCUUCAUCUCCGAAAUCGGCCUCUUCAAGCCCUGGUUCAAGAACAACUUUCCCAUCCUCGGGCCCGACCACUCGCUUGGUUGGCUCGGUCUAGCCCUGAUGAUCACGGGUUGUGGCAUCAUGGCAGAUUUGGUCAAGCCUGCGUACAGCAUCGACAACUUGGGCCUGCCAAUCUGGAGACUCGUCCUCUCGUCUGGGAUUUUGGCCAUCACUUUCGGGGUGUUCAACAUGAUUGCGAGCGUUGUGUUUCGCGACGGGGAGAAUGGCAUAACGGCGCGGAAUAUUCGCUCCGACGGCUCUCUCGCCGUGCCCACCAACCAGAACUCCAAAGAAUACUACGAUUCUGGCUAUCAAUCCUCUGUCCGGAGCAACUCCAUCCGUCAACACCAGCAACAUUACCCCGAGGACGACGACAACACCACCCCUCAACAAAGUCAGCCCUUUUACAAGCGCAUGACGAACCACUUUUCUGUUCCUAUCCCCCCCAAGUUCAACUUUCGAAAGUCGCGCGGGAACCUGCAGAUUAGCAAGCCGAUGCCGAUUCAUGACGAUAAUGAUGAUGUGGAAAGGGGGACGGGGUAUGGGAAUCUGAACAGGAGCAACAGCAAUAGUCGGGCUAGCCCGGUGAUUCCUGACAUUCAGCGUCCGCCGACCGCGCUGCAUCCUGCUUAUACGGGGGGGAGUCAUUACUCUACUGCUCAUAUGGACAGGUUCUAGAGCAACUCACUCACUCACUCACUCACCACACAC